AUGAGUGCGAAUUUCCGGGCUUAUGACUUGUAUUCUAUCGGUAUUAGACUGCCUUAUGUCAUGGGAUAUAUCAUAAGUAUUGAAUUGUUCAGAAUGUUGCUAGCAGUAUAUCGAUUAUAUGAAAAAGCUCUAACGAAAUAUCCGUUUCUAACUCAAGCUUCAACUGCUGGAGCAUUAGCAGUAAUGGCUGAUAUUUUAACUCAAAAUUUAAUCGAAAAACGUUCACAAAAAGGAAAUUAUGAUCCGGUACGAACAAUACGCUUUUCCACUCUCAUUCUUUUCUGGAUUACUCCUAUAACUUAUCGAUGGUUUUUAUUACUUGAAAAAUUAAAAGGUAAAACAAAUUCGCUGCCGUUGAAACGAAUGAUUCUUGAUCAGUCCAUAGCAGCACCGCUAUUUACAUUUAGUUUCAUUAUAAAUUUACACAUAUUGGAAGGCAGUUCUCCACAUGACGCAUUAGAAAAAACAAAAAACGAAAUUGUUCCAGUUAUGAAAACUAAUUAUAAGGCAGGACUUUUUGCUUUUUAUUUUUGGAAUAAUGAAACGGUUUGGCCAUUGGCACAACUUGUAAAUUUCUAUUUGUUACCACUCCGUUAUAGACUUGUAUUUGUCCAAUUUACGGGCCUAUUUUGGAAUAUGUAUUUAUCUUAUGCCACUCAAAAUGAAUUUAAACAGAUAAACGAACUAAAAGUACACUCUAGCAAGAAUUUGCAUCACUAG